UCUCCUCCUCACCCCCCCUCGUAAGGCUAGGAAAAUCUCUCCUUUAAAGCUGAUGGACUUUGCCUACAAACAGCGGCUGUCUUCACCAUUAGCCAGGCAGCGGAGGCACAACACUGCCCAGAGCUGAGGAGAUAGUUACUCCAACUAAUUCCCAAAGCUGUUUCCAGAGACCCAAGAUCCUGCUCCACCCAAAUACUGAGCACCAAGCAGGAAAAGCCUCAGGGACUGUGAAGCGCCUCUGAUUUCUAUUCAUGAUAUUCACGCUCUACUCCCGUUUUAUGUUUCUUACGUGCGGAUCAGGAGCAGUGUUGUAUCUCAUAUACACGGGAUCCAUGUGGUGCUACGUGAUCCUGUUUGCCAUUGUUUGGGCCAUUGUAUGGUUUCUGAGAGACAGACAGACUAUCUCACGACUGUCCGACAAACAUGUCUUUAUCACGGGAUGUGAUACCGGCUUUGGCAAUUUACUAGCCAAAAGACUGAACAGAAAAGGUUUUCAAGUCCUGGCGGGAUGUCUCACAGAAAAAGGAGCAAAUGAUCUGCUAAAAGCAUGUCCUACGGGACUGAAAACCACUUUACUGGAUGUCACCAGCCCAGACAGCAUCAAGAAGUCUGUGGAAUGGGUGAAGGCAGAGGUUGGGGGCAGAGGUCUCCAUGGUCUAGUUAACAAUGCUGGUGUGGCCAACCCAAUUGGUCCAACUGAGUGGAUGACGCUCGGAGACUACAGGAAGGUUAUGGAAGUCAAUACAUUUGGCACUAUCGGAGUGACACUAGGAUUUCUGCCACUAGUAAAACAGGCACAAGGACGGAUUGUUAACAUGGCCAGCGUACUGGGGAGACUAUCAGCAAAUGGAGGCGGUUACUGCGUGUCUAAGUAUGCUGUGGAGGCUUUCUCUGAUAGCCUUAGGAGAGAUACGCAGCACUUUGGUGUGAAGGUUUGUAUUAUAGAGCCUGGCUUCUUUAAGACUGCGGUAACCGAUCUGGAUUCAAUUGAACAUUCCUUGAAGCAGCUUUGGGACCAGAUGCCACCUGAGACCAGGAAGAGUUAUGGGGAGGCAUAUUACCAAAAAUAUAUGAAAGUGCAAAGGUUGAUCAUGAACUUCAUCUGUGAUGCCGAUAUCUCCAAAGUGCCAAAAUGCAUUGAGCAUGCCUUAGAAGCCUCGUACCCUCGAACAAGAUACAGUCCAGGAUGGGAUGCCAAGCUGGUGUGGCUACCUGCAUCUUACAUGCCAGCCUUCAUUGUGGAUGCCGUCCUUGCCAUCGUUCUACCUAAACCCGAACAGAGAGUCCGCUAACACACAUUCUUGAAAAUCCUCCAAAUCUGGGUCUUAGGAAAGUGAGGAUUUCAUUUCCAGACUGGCACAAAGCUUGUUUUGUACUGGAAAUGCAUGACCACUAAGAGGCUCUACGUUUAAUCAGAGAAAUAUGUAUGGUUUUUAUUUGACAGAGCAGCGUAUUUUCUGUGUGUUUAUACCCGCCUUACUACCAGUUUUCAUGCAUUUUAAAAUGUCAGACCGUGAAAUAGCGUUCAUUUGAUGGUUUGUAGUAGCCUGCCAAUUUCCUGGCUGAACCAGUGCAAGCUUCUGAUGUGACAGGUUCAGUUCUGGAUGACAAGCCAGAAAUAAGCUGCUGAUAUUGACUCACGUGACACAAUGGGUUAGAUUUAUUAAUACGGUCCUAAUUUUAGACAGUCAGGAACUGUACACGAUGUCUUGCAGGGGUACAUGCUGUACAAGAAAUUUAAUGCAACUUGCUAAACUUUCUUUACGCCAUCUCAAGAUAGUUUUCACAGAGGGGGGAAUUUAUCAAGGACCUUUUGGCCUUAUUUUUAUUUGCUUAAAAGUUGAGCUAUAUUGGGUGGGAAAUGUAGGAAAGUGAAUGUGGUUAACCAUAUUAAUUUGUUUCAUAGGUGCAAAAUCAUUCCAGGAGAGGUUGGCAUAAAAAAAAAUUGUGGAGUAGCAUUUCUAGACAAAAGUCCUAGGUUUAAAGAUGCACCAAAUUUAAUAAACAAUUCAUAGUAUUUGAUAAAAUUGGCACAAAUGACGACAAUGCAAAGUACCCAAAACUGACUUUAAAUAUUACCGUGAUGAUAAAUUCCUCCAUAAAAAAUUUGGCAAUUCUGGCACACUUUGCUUCAUAAAUCUCCCCUAAUGUUAAAGAGGUUAUGCCACAAUUAAUGUAAAAAAUGAAAGUCAGACAUCAUAACAAAGAUAGAACCAGCUCUGUACCUUAUAUAUGGGCCCAUAGAUCUUCCAAUUCAUUGCUCCAAUUGUUUUGCUAGAUUCUCUUCAGGCUGGCAGCUCAGUGGGCAUGUCCUUUCUGAUGUAGGUAUCUCCUUAUCAGCGCUCAGGGGAUGUGUCCUCUGCUGCAGCUUGUUCCCUGUAAGGGCUCACGCACACGACUGUGGGUCCACAAUAUACGGGCCCUGGACGUUUUUGCACCGCAUCAUGAAUGGGUCCGCAAUCUGGAAGGUCCAGUGUGGAACGGAGGCAUGGAACCCCACAGAAGCACUACGGAGUGAUUCUGUGGGGUUUCUGUUCAUGCCUCCACACCGCAAAAACACUGCAAUGCUUAUUUGCGGUGCAGACCACCUGAUGCGGAUCGCGGACCACAUUCAAGUGAAUUGUUCCGCAUGCGGUGGCCCUAAGGUCGGUGCCCGUGCAUGCACAGUCGUUUGCAUGAGCCCUGUCGGUUUCUAACAGCAGAUACGGCUGGUGGCAUCUGUAGGAUGGAACUGAGCAUGUGUGACCACUACAGUAGGUGGACGUUCACAUUACUAUACAGAUUAAACACCAUUAUAACAAAAUAAAGAUAAUUUUUGUAUUUAAUGGACAACAGAACUGUUUCAGAUUAGACCCUAUACGCAACAAAUAGCUAAUGAGAUUGUGAACUUCCAUAGAUCUAACCAUGAAUCUUGGCUGCUUAAAACGCCAUACUUCUCUAUGUUUUGUGUUUUGGUAUUGGCACUAAAUUACGUUUGAAGGGAAUGGAGCUGAGAUGCAAUACCAAACACAACCUGUGGACAGGAGUGGUGCUGUUUUUUCUUGUUUUUUUUAAGAAAGCAACCAUGUUUUUCUAGUCCUGGAAGAUUAGGCUGCUUUCACAUGGCCGUGGAUGGUCUGUGAAACACACUUGGUUUGAAGGUUACAUUUCCCGGACCAGCCAAGGUUCAUUCAAGCUGAACUCAAGGGGUGAUCCAUGAUGCAGUGAGUUCCAGCCUGACCAUGGGUCCAAUGUCCCAUACUCCAAAGAUGAUGAGUACAGGACACCGCAGGCAGCUGGAACUCAAAGCAUCUUGGAACUUAUCACAAUGACAAAAAAUUUUAGUCAUAGCUCUGUGGAAAGCUGGGUCGCCAUUACAUUUUGCAUAACUUGUCAGAUCUGCAAUUCUAGAAAAGCUGGGUGACAACCCCUGGGUAAGCUGUAUUGUCAGCCAUAUUGGAUGGCUGAAUGGAAUUUGUACCUAUAUGACACAAGGCAACAAUUCACAGACUUUACAUACUGUAGUGCAAUCACUCGACGGUUCUGAUUUCUCUUUUGAAUUCUUUCAUGUGAAUAUUUGUCUGAUUCUAACAAUAAACAUUUUUUAACCACA